AAAAAAAAAAAGACUUGAAGGUUUGCAACCAACGGGGUGGAUUCACAUCAGCUAGGUCUCAAUUUGAUCAAAUUGAAAAGGUGUGUCAACGAGUUGAUUCCGAGCAGCAGUUGCACGACGAUAAUAUGGCGAGUCUAAGCCGCACCUCUGUCACGUUGGCGAAACCAGAGAAUGCUAAGCUAAAUACUGGUUCACCCAACGAGAAACAUGAGGAAAAUGUAACAAAUGAUGAUACUAUUAUACAUAUCAAAAAGAAGGAAAUGAUAUCUUUUAGCAAGUACGAAACGAGAAUAGGAUCUUUGGAACCUGAGAUACUAGCGCAUUCAAAUGUACCUAUAAAGAGUUUGAAAACAAUGAAUGAAGCCCGAUUUUUGCCUCAGAUACAUGAUGAGUUGCUGCACGCGGGUAUAAACAAAAUAUUUCGCGUACAAGUAUAUGCUUGGCCGCACUUGUUGAGAAAUAAUUCGUUGUUUGUCGUCAACCCGAGUAAAUCGGGUAAGACCUGGUCAUAUUUACCUGCUUUGUGCAAUGAUACUUAUUAUGAUGUAAACGACUUGGAUCUCACUUAUGGACCGGUCGCAAUCGUUUUAGUUGCAUCCGCGAAAUAUGGGCAGAUAAUUGCUGAUCAUUGCCGACGCUUAUUAUAUGGCCUGACAAAUGAAGAUUCCGUGGUAGUUGCCUCUUUCGGCCAACGUAAUUUUAUAGAAACUAAAAUUAAAUUAUUGAACAGCUGCGGUAUAUUGAUAGCAACGCCUGCAAGCUUAUUACGCUUACUUAAUGAUAACCAAAGUGAUUUGAUUCAUCCGGAACGGUUAAAGCGCAUUGUUAUCGACGACAUGGACUUGAUAUUAUCGCGAGCCCUGGAUGAUUUCGAACCAGCUCUUAAAGCUUUAUUAACAAUAUGCAAAAAGACGGAAGCAAUGACAUUAGCAACUCAGGUGGUGGUAACCUCUCGUAGCUGGAACGACUGGUUUAUAAAGCUUUUACGUCUCUCAAAUCAGCCGUUAUUACUGAUGGGUGAUUUUUUAGAAGCUGCUGUUUACGGUAAAGCCAAGCUUUCAAUCAUAUUGCGUGCUAAGUUGGAGAAAAACAAAGCCAUACGGUCUUUCCUUAAAAACCACAAUGACACUCUUCACGCAUGCAUACGUACCGUGAUCAUAUGUAACGAAAACGAUGAGGUCGAAGGGGUGAUGCAAUAUUUAGGAAAAUAUGGUUAUAAUGGAAUUUGUUAUCAUAAUCAUUCCACUGAACAAGAGCGUAUCCUAAUUAAUGAAUGGAAAUAUAAGAUAUCGAAUCAGAUUCUCGUUUGUACUGAUGCUGGGUUACUUGAACUUCAAAUUCGAAAUGCGCAAUAUUUAAUACAUUAUUCCAUGCCACCGUCAUGGACUCGAUUCACUAAACGUUUCUCAGUUUUACGCGAAAGUUACGACAAUCGAUUAGUUAACAACUUUGAAAACAUAUUGGAUAAUGUUCAUCAUUCCAAAAAAGUUCGCUCUCUAAUACUCUUGGAUGAGGACAAUAACCAACAACUGCCUCGUUUAGUCCAUUUUAUGCGUAUGCAUGACCAAAAUGUACACGCGAAUAUACUAGCGGUGGUAAAAAGUCUAUUGAAAGAACGCGCUGAAGCACGUGUACGUGAAGGUGUCGAGCUAUGUUCGGAUAUUUUAGAAUUUCGUGAAUGCGAUGAGCCGCGUUGUGAUAAGCGCCACGAAAUAACUAGUUUGGACGUUGUUACUGAAAAAGAAGGCAUACCCAUGAACGGUGAAUUGCGCAUUCAUAUACUUCAGGUAUUUUCACCCACACACUAUGCUGCCCGUUUAGUAGAACAUAAAAGUCCAUGUAGCAAGGAAUGGUCUGAAGUGAGAUGUUCACGAAAAGUUGCACCAUUUGCCGUUCGGCUUAAUUUAUAUUACCACGAUCCAAAUAAUGCAGUGCAACACUGGCCACCUAAAGUCGGUGAUAUUUGUGUUUAUAGAUAUUGGAAUGCCUAUAGAAGGGCUCGCAUACUAGACAUACCUACAUUGCCCAAAAAUGCAAAUUUGAUUUCGGACUCUCUACAACUUACACUCAAGCUCAUUGAUGAUGGCGUAGUCAUAAAGUCAGCGCGAAGUAGUGAGACUCUCUUUUGUCCGGUUGAGUUUAAAGAUUUCCCCUAUCAGGCGAUCGAUAUACGUCUAAUGAAUAUGAUACCUUACGAUAAUGAACGUACGUGGGAUCCAAUAGAUACCGAACAAGUGCGAAAGUGGAUUAUGGAUGACAUUAAAGCGAAACAUGUAACGCAUAUUAAUGUGAAUUUUGCUUUAGCUUCCACAAUAUGGACAAACAAUUUAGUUGUCAUGGAGAAACUGGAGACGAUCGGCACUUAUGUGCAAAUCGUAAACUUAAAAUUGGCCUUGCUUGCAAACCAAUUCGCUUUACAAUAUAAAGGUGAUAGGAAGAGCUUAUGUGAUAUAGCAAGUGAAGAAGGUUUGUUGCAAUUACGAUCACAAGCGCUUGGGAAUGAAUAUAAUUCGGAUAUGAGUGAAAUUUCAAUGAAUUUUAAUGAAUUGCCAUUUUCUGAAAACAAUGAGGACAACGUCUGUGUGGCACCAGAUAGAGGCGUAAGUGUAAUAAAUACUAAUAUACAGGCUGGUGAUGAUGAUACCACCCAAUAUAUAAAGGAGCAGCCAGAACAUAUUGUUGACGCGCUGGAGGCGGGGCGCGAAGAGAAUUGGCAGACAUUUCCGAGCGAUAAUAAUAAAUCAAGACAUGAACCGGAACCUGUUAACAAGGUCUUAUCUGUUGAAGACAAACUAAGCCAAUUUAAUGAAUUUUGGAGCGAGUUACCUCUAAAUGAAUUAGUAAAAGUAGAAAUCGGUGAUGAAAGUGAAAAUGGAAAUUGGGGAAAUGUAUUUGUACAGUUAAUCAGUCGGACCGCUAUGCGAAAGUUUGAUGAAUUAAUGGCAUUAAUAAACACGCACAUCGAAAAUAUAAAAGCUAACUGCAGCGAUAAUCAUGAAAAGGUCUACGAUUUUCAGCAUCUACAUAGUUGCAUAAUUAAAUACGAACAUUUAUAUUUACGAGCUAAGGUAUAUGGUAUAUACGGCAAUGAGAUAAGUGAACGUCUUUACAGAUUUUUCCUAUGCGAUUAUGCCUGCUUUGUUGAUGUUAAAUCAGAAGAUUUAUAUAAGGAUUGCUUUUAUGAGACAAGUGGAACAAUUGUAAAUUUUACUCCAUAUCAGGCAAUACAUUGUAACUUGGCUGGCAUAAAAUCGGAUUGUUUUACAAAACGCAUUUACGUAACCAAAAGUUAUUUAUAUGCGGCCGCGGUACAGGAGAAUUCAAGAAAAGCCAAUAAAGCCUUGACAUACCGUAAUUUGCCAAUCAAUUCUUAUGCGGUCUUGUUGUAUGAAUGCAGCGAAGAGAACGAUUUCAAGCAGGCCUCCUUAUUUAAUAAAAUGUUGCUGGACGGUGGCGCAGCUAUCGCUGACCCAGAAACCAAACAAUUUUUAACAAUGGAAAUUGAUUUUGAGGAGAAAGGGAAAAGUUCGCAACAUGAAGACAUAGAAGAUGUCGUUGAUAAACUCCUUACGUUUACUGAAUUAAUUGAAUGGAUAGCGAAUGCUGAUGGAUUAGAUAUAGUAAGUGUCGGGGAAUUGCUAAACCAAGAAAAAGGAAUGUCUGACGAGCCUGCUGAAGUAUCUAAAGAAGUCGUUAAGAUAACUGAAGAAACCAGAUCAGUGAAUGAGUUUAAUACACUUCCAGAAAAAGCUAAACACGAAGACAGGGAAGAAUUGUUUUUAUCAUCGCAAGAUAAUCCCUGCUUGCCAUCUUUGAGCGCGUUGCAUAAACGUCCCCAAACUACUUGGCAUCAGACGAACUACACAAUUAUCCUCUCCAUAUACGCUCCUGAUAUCAAGGAUUAUUAUUUGCAAGUAACUUCGAAACAAUUACAUUUUACUGCCGACAUUCAUGGCGAAGAACAUGUGUUAAUUUUACAUUUUAUGGGUAUUAUUCAACCCAGAUUAGUCUCUCAUGAAUUACGUGGUCUCAAUGUUGUAGUACUCCUGGUUAAAGGUAUUUGCAUGAACUGGCCAAGACUCUUGAAAGAUUCAACGAAGCCUAAUUGGUUGACGUAUAAUUAUAACGCCAUCGAUAUUGGUGAGAUUGACAGAGUAGAAACGACGCCUUCAAGCUCCGCUAUUCCUAUUGCCUCGGAUGAUGUAACCGAUUCGGAUAAUGAUAGCGAAGAAGAUUUAUUCGAAACGUACAAUUCCAUUAAAAACUGCGUAAAUGAUAACGACCCUUUUUCUUAAUUUUUUUCUUAACG